AAGGGCUUGUUUGGUACAAUGGUUAAAAUUCAACAGAUAGCGAAUAGCGGUUGUAAUACCCCAAAAUUUCCUAGAGCAUAUAAGUUGAGUUAAGGACUUAAUAGUGAGAAAACAUUAUUAAUGGACCUAAUUGUCAAUUUUUCAAACUUCAAAGGGGUUAAAAGGCUAUUGGAUAAGGCCGGCUGACUCAUUUCCUUUAUCUUUUUCUUCUUUCUUUCUUUCUUUCCAGCAUUUUCAUGUGUCUGCUCUGUUUUCCUUUCUCCCUGCAGCCGAACAUCACCAGCCAUUUCCAGCGCCUUCAUCCGAAAAAUUGGUAAGAGAACUUGAUGAUUUUUGUUCUCCUCUUGCCCAAGAACAAGUCUAGAACUUAGAACUUCUCUCUCUUGCAAAAAUUUUCCCGGAUCUGCUGCCUUCUUCCUUCCUUGCCGCCGGCUGCUGCUGGGUAUAAGCUUCGGUUUUUCCUGGUAAAAUCAGCCCAGAAACUCCUCUUUCCAGCCUUGAUUUAUGUUGGGUCUGUCACGCCCCCAGAACCCAAAUCCGGAGACACGACAGACGCCGUGCACUCGUGAUCGAGUCCCACGAAUGCACAAGGCUCGGAACUUAUCCAAAUCACAUCUGACAAUCCAAACUCAGAUCAGAUAUUUCAAAAUUAAUUCCCUAUGUCCAAACACGACUUAACCUCAAAAUCUCCAGAUCAAAUCUCUUAUAAACUAACUAUCCACUAAAUGAAUUUACAAUCUCCAAUUAAAAUCUCGCUUACAAGAUCAUCAUUUAUAUCUAAAAUCCAUAUUCAAUUUACACGAUGGCUAGCCUUCUAACUCGUCACUCCCCUCGGUUUCCCCCGUCCUCAGUAUCGCUUCCUGAAAUGGUGGACAAGGAAAAACUAUAAGAUAAACUUAGUAAGUAAAUAUGGAUAGCCCUUGGGUAAAACUUUGAAGCAUGCCAGAUAAACCAUGUAAGCGUAACAGACUUUUAAUGAUAAACCAUUAAUGCGGAAAUCGGAUUCAGUUCAAUAACAAAACGUUUCAUGACCAACCGUUACAUGCAAAAGAAAAACUCAGUUCAGUA